ACUAAUUAAUAUUGUAGAUAAGACUGGUGGUUGUCCCAUCUCCCCCAUUUUAACUCUUCCUUUCGAGCAAUCCCACCGAGUGAACACACCAUUCCACAACAAAAAAUAAAAAUUCAGUCUUUACUUCAAAUUUUGCGGUUGUGUGCUUUAUUCCCUAAUUUUUUUUUCGAAAAUUUUCGAAACUUUGAGAUUUGUGCUGCAUCGUUUCAUUUGGAUUGUGUGUGUCUGAAUGGGGUCUGAAGGGCCAACUCCAGGAGUAACAAUCCAUGUGACAGGGUUCAAAAGAUUCCAUGGAGUUUCGGAAAAUCCUACCGAGAAAAUCGUUACUAAUCUCCAAUCCUAUAUGAACAAAAGGGGCCUGCCGAAAGGGCUGAUUAUCGGUAGUUGCACGAUUCUUGAAACCGCAGGGCACGGAGCACUUGUUCCCCUGUACCAAACACUCCAAUCCGCUGUCAUCAGGGAUUCUAACGUGCCGGAUUCCGGGCCCGUUAUUUGGGUUCAUUUUGGGGUGAAUAGUGGCGCAACAAAAUUUGCUCUUGAGCAUCAAGCUGUCAACGAAGCUACAUUUCGUUGCCCCGAUGAGAUGGGAUGGAAACCUCAGAGAGUUCCUAUUGUUCCUACUGACGGUGGCAUCUCCCGAAUUCGUGAGAGUUGCCUUCCAGUCGAGCAUAUUACAGAGUCGCUUUUGAAGAUGGGAUACCAAGUAAUGAGGUCGGAAGACGCGGGUCGAUUCGUGUGCAAUUACGUGUACUAUCACUCGUUGCGUUUCGCGGAGCAGAACGGAAUCAAAUCACUAUUUGUACAUGUUCCUCUAUUCUUGACUAUCGACGAGGAUACUCAAAUGCAAUUUGCUGCCUCUCUUUUGGAGAUACUUGCCUCCUUAUAUUAAUUAAAACUUUGUCUAGAUAUAAAUUAUUGCAAGUCUUGAGACUAUAUAUAAAUAUAUUUAUGUCAGGUUUGGAUUCAUGUAUGUAAUGAAUUUUCUCUACCAAAUGAAGUUCUUCAAUGUUAAUUAUAAAGUGUUUCUUCAUCACAA